GCAGGAGGAGGGCUUCUUCCUUCGGAGCAGGCAUGUCCUGUUAGGAAGCAGAGCGAGGCUGUCAUACUGGUUGCCAAUGGCACAGUAAGGCAGUGGUUACUUUGGAAAACUGGUUGGUUGAAGUGCCGCCAAGUCGGUGUCGACUCUUCGCGACCACAUCGAUUCUCUCCAGCAGCAUGAUCUGUCUUCAAGGUCUCUCAGUGCGGCAUGCAUUGCUGUCGUAAUGGAGUCCAUCCACCUUGCUGCCGCUCGUCCUCUUCUUCUCUGGAAAACUGGUUAGGGUAGCCAAAUGGAAAGGAAAGGCUUAGAAAAAGACCGGGGCUCUUUGACAAGGUACGAUGAAUCGAGCGUUACCGUUGACUGGCAAAAGAAGUUGACUCCUGAGCAGUUUUAUGUCACCAGGGAAAAAGGAACUGAAUUGCCUUUUAGUGGGAUCCAUUUAACAAACACAGAGCCCGGGAUGUACCACUGCGUAUGCUGUAGCACUCCGUUGUUCAGCUCAGAAGCCAAGUAUGAUUCUGGCACCGGGUGGCCGUCCUUCUCGGAAGCAUACGGAACACGUGGCACAGAUGAGAGCAAUACGAAUAUCCUGAGACGGUCGGAUAAUUCAUUAGGAUCAAGUGGUAUGGAAGUCAUUUGCAAAGAGUGUGAUGCCCAUCUGGGCCAUGUGUUCAGUGAUGGUCCCGAACCAUCUGGGCAGAGAUUCUGCAUCAACAGCGUUUCAUUAACAUUUAAACCAUGCUCAAGCCAGUGAGGCCUUUCAUCUCUACAGCCCACACAUGGAUAACGCUCAGGAUUUUUUUUUUGCCAGAGAGGGCCGCCUUGAAAACCUGUCAGGAGGCCGGUGUUUGCCACCAUUGUGACUAUUUCAUGUACAUACAGUAUACAUGUGUAGAUGCUGAGCUACUGAUGUGAGUGAGAACAUUCCACAGUGGAACAUGCUCCUUUGAUGCCCUCUCUGGACAUGCUCAUGCAGCUCGUGACCAUGCAGAAGGCUCCAUGAAAUCUCGUGCCGACAGCAGAUCCACACAUACUGUACAAAGGAACACACCUUCUACAUUUUCUGAAUCAAUUGCAUGUUAGUUGACGGUCAAGUUUCUAGUAGGUACAAUAACCAACAUUAUGCAAAUAUACAUGUGUAUAUUUCCAUUGCGGUCAUCUUUGGAGGUCCAUCUCUAGUUGCCACCAGUUCGUCUGGUGACCACACGGAGACGGGCCUUCUUGGUUGCUGUCCCGGGACUAUGGAAUGCACUCCCUAUUGAGAUACGAUCCUCCCCAACUCUGACAAUUUUUAAAAAAUAUUUAAAAAACCAUCUUUUUACUCAGGCUUUUUCAGCUUCUUGAUAAUUUAUAGGUUUUAAUUCUGUAAUUGAUUUUUAAAUUGUUAUUUUAUUUGUUUUCAUGUGUUUUUAUAUGUGUUUUAAACUGUUUUAUAUCAUUGUGAACUGCCCAGAGACACGAGUUUGGGGUGGUAUACAAGUGUGGGUGGUUGGUAAACAAACAAACAAGUGAAUAAACAAGUGAAUAAAUAAAUAAAGGUGUGGUUUGCAUAAGCAUGGCAUAACUAAAAUAUAAUAUAUCAUAUUUACUCGAAUUCAAGACUAGGUUUUUUUCAAGUUCUUUCCUAUUAGAAAUUGGGGGUUUGUCUUAAAUUCAGAGUUUUCUUCCUUUCAUUUUAAUAUGUGUAUAACCCAGCCUGGUCUGCUACAGUAACCUUUCUUUAUAGAUCUAUAGCAAUAUGGGAAACAAUAUUUAUUUCAUUCUAGCCUGUUUUUCUCCCCAUUUGUUCACUUGACAGACAUCGGAAUGUUCUCAAUUCACAUAGAAUAUGUCUUCAUGGAUUUUUGUAUUUGUGAAAUGAGUUUUUCUAAAUAGAAAAACCAAUGCAAAACAGAUUGAAUGUUUACAACUUCCUCUAGCAAUGUUGAAAUAAAAUGGGUUGCUCCCA